UGAGCAUUGAGGCCGCCAGAGAGGGUCGUUCUGCAAGUAUUGGCAACCUGCCGUUUUAUUCUGUAAAACCGGUCUAUAUGACUUGCUCUUCGACUGCACGGGAGUGGCGGAGCUUACUGGAGUGGCGGAGUGGCCAGAGUGCCCUUUUGUUAUGCGAGUGCAAUUCCAUGCAAAGGUGCCAUAUGACCAGGAACAAGAGAAAUCAAGUGAAGCAAAGACAAGGAGAUUCUUCGGAUACACUUGGCUAGUUUACGCUGAUCCAGAAGCGACAAAGACAGAGCACUCCAGUCAAUGGCUAACUUCUAAAGUCAAAAGAAAAUGAUGCAGGCCCAGGAAUCCCUGACCUUGGACGAUGUGGCCGUGGUAUUCUCCUGGGAGGAGUGGCAGCUCCUGAGCCAUGCUCAGAAGGACCUGUACUGGGAUGUGAUGCUGGAGACCUGCAAGAGCCUGGUGUCAAUGGGGUAUCUAGCCAGAAAAUCAGAUGUAUGCUCCCAGUUAGACCCAGGAGUACCAUGGACAAUAGAAGAUGAAAUCCACAAUCUAAUAUGUCCAGAAAUCAGAGAAGUUGGUGAUCCUCUGCAACAUCACUUGAAAGAUAGAACCAUUCACAAAAGCAUUGAACAGUGCUACAAACAUAGAAAUUUCAGAAAUAUUUUUAAUCAGAGCAAAGAUCAUUCACCAUUAAAGCAAAACUGCAGUGGGUUUGACUUCUGUGAAAAAUCUUUGAACUCAAAUUUAAGUUUUGAAAACCAGAGCAGAAACUGUGAUAUAAAGAACUCUGCUGAGCUAAGUGGAAAUGACCAAUCCCUUAAUGCACAUCAGGAAAAUCUUACAGGAGAGAAGCAUUAUAUAUGUACUGAAUGCAAAAAGGCUUUCUCUAGAAAAUAUCUACUCGUUUAUCAUCAACGAACUCACACAGGAGAGAAACCCCAUGGAUGUGAUGUAUGUGGGAAAGCCUUCUCUACAAAGUCCAGUCUCACUGCACAUCAGAAAACUCAUACCGGAGAGAAACCUUAUAUAUGUAGCGAAUGUGGAAAAGGCUUUAUUGAGAAGAGGCGUCUUGUUGCUCAUCAUCGAAUUCAUACUGGGGAGAAACCCUUUAUAUGCAGUAAAUGUGGGAAAGGCUUCACACUGAAGAACAGUCUUAAUACUCAUCAGCUGACUCAUACAGGAGAGAAAUUGCAUAUAUGCAAUGAAUGUGGCAAAGCCUUCUCUACGAAGUUUAGUCUUGUAGCACAUCAGAAAACUCACAGAAUAGAGAAACCUUAUGUAUGCAGUGAAUGUGGAAAAGGCUUUAUUGAGAAGAGACGUCUUCUUGGACAUCAUAGAACUCAUACUGGUGAGAAACCCUUCAUAUGCAGUAAGUGUGGGAAAGGCUUCACAUUAAAGAAUAGUCUUAUUACACAUCAGCGAAUACAUUCUGAAGAGAAACCAUUUAUAUGUACUUAUUGUCAAAAAAAGUUUAUCAUGAAGAGUGAUCUGAUUGCCCAUCAGCGAACUCACACUGGGGAGAAACCAUACACAUGCAAUGAGUGUGGAAAAAGCUUUGCCUUGAAAAGCCACCUAGUUGUACAUCAGCGAAUUCACACAGGAGAAAAACCCUAUGUAUGCAAUGAAUGUGGAAAAGGCUUUCCAACAAAGGUACAACUUAUGAUACAUCAGCAAACUCAUACUGGAGAUAAACCAUUUAUAUGCAGUGAGUGUGGAAAAGGCUUUGCUUUAAAGAACCGCCUCAUUGUCCAUCAGCGAACUCACACAGGAGAGAAACCUUAUGUCUGCAAUGAAUGUGGAAAAGGAUUCCCAACAAAGAUACGGCUGAUAAUACAUCAUCGGACCCAUACAGGAGAAAAACCAUAUAAAUGCAACAAAUGUGAAAAGGGCUUUCCUGAGAAGAGUCAACUCAAUGUGCAUCAACGUACUCACACAGGAGAGAAACCCUAUGUAUGUGGUGAAUGUGGUAAAGGCUUAAGUGAAAAAAAAAUGCUCAUUGCACAUCAGCGAGCUCACAAUGGUGAAAAGCCAUAUAUUUGCAAUGAAUGUGGGAAGGGCUUCACAAUGAAAAGUACACUAAGUAUACAUCAGCAAACUCAUAUUGGGGAGAAGCCAUACAAAUGUAAUGAAUGUGGUAAAGUCUUUGAGAAAAAGACACCGCUCAUAGUACAUCAGAGAUUUCACUCAGGAAAGACUUCCUUUGCAUGUUCUGAAUGUGGAAAAUGCUUCUUGCGCAAAAAUGAUCUCAUUACCCAUCAGAGAAUUCACACAGGAGAGAAACCAUAUGAGUGCAAUGAGUGUGGGAAAGCCUUCACUACAAAGUCUUGGCUCAAUGUUCAUCAAAGAAAACAUACAGGAGAGAGGCCUUAUGGAUGUAGUGAUUGUGGGAAAGCCUUUGCCCACUUAUCAACCCUUGUUAAGCACAAGAGAAUUCAUAGUUAGUCAACAAUCCUCUUGUUAUUUGUCCUUGAGUAUUAGUAUCUACAAAAAACAUUAAUGUGUGUAGAAUUUAUAUUGGUGUAUUUACAGAUAAAUGAUCUAUUUUUUCUGUCAAAGGAAUAAUACAAUGACUGAUGUAGAUAGUAUUGAGGGGCAGUUUCAAAAAAUUAUAUAUCUUAAAAAAUAUAUGUUGAAAAAUACACAUGAAUGUGACAGACUAGAAAAGCCUUCAGUAGUAAGAACAGCACUGUCAAAUAAUCAUAGAUUUGGAGCAACUACCAAUUGACAAAAAUAUAAUUUUAAGAAAGUAUUAGCUUGUAAAUUAAUGCCUCCAUUGAUUUAGAAUUCACACUAAAGCAAUCCUUUCCUGUAGCAGGGCUUGCAGUAAUAUAUUGCAUCAGUACUUAGGAUCACUGGAAGAUAUAGUAUAGUGGUAAAGCAUUUAGCCAGUGUGUAGGAGAAGUCAUAAAUCAAUCCCUAGUAGCUGAAAACAACAAGAAACAUCAUUUAUGAACAUAUUUAAUGUGGAUGACACAGGAAAAAUAUUGGAGAUAUUAAUGAAGGAAUGAUACCUUGAGAAAAAUGACAAGUAGUGUAUCUUUAGGCUAUAAUGGAGCAGAGAAAUGGCUUAGUGGUUUAGAGCACUUGCUGUUCUUCCAGUGAAUCCAAGUUCAGUGCCACCCCCCCUCCACCCCAAUCAGGAGGCUCAUAACCGCCUGAAACUCAAGAUUCAGAAGAUCUGAUAUGCUCUUCUGGCCUCCAGGGGCACACACACACACUCACAAACACACAAAAAAAUUUAAAUAUAUACCUAAUGUGCAUUUGGGAGCAGGAUACCUUAUUUGACUUUUUUGUUUGCCUUGUCUUUAAUUUGGUAAAAUUUUAAGUAACAGUUUCUUCUACCAGAGAUGUAAGUUUGAAAAUUUGCAGUGUAGUGAGGUCUUUGCAUGUAUCAUUUUACUAACUUGUAUAUCUUUGAUUCUAAUUUAUUCCAAAAUGCUUAAAAUAUUUUAAAAUGAUGUGACAUACUGGGGCCUAUUUACCAGUGUGUGGCUAGCAUCAAGUUUAGGCAGUCAGAAUAAACAUAAUUUUGAAAUAAAUUCCUUUUCUGAGAUAAAUUUAGACUCAGAUUUUUAUGAAAGUAAGUUCCCAAAUUCUCAGAAACUCACAAAGUGAGCAUAUGUAAUCAUAGUUCAUUUUCAGAUAUGGGAAAGGGAAAUUAUUACACAAUUUGUAAGUAAAUCACUGAAGGACAUUAGCAUUUCAAGUUUUUCACUACAACAAAUAAAAAUGUUAUGAAUUUUCUUGA